GUCGAGUUUUUGAUUCUAUGCAUUGGAAGGUAUAGUGGUUUAGCAAACAUGCCGGAGUUUCCUCUCGGUGAAGGACCGGACAUUUUCGCCGGAAAAGUGAUACAUUCUAUGGAUUUCUCAGCCAUGGACAAUGAAAGUGCAAGAGAACUUAUUAAAGGGAAGAGAGUUGCAGUUAUUGGUUCUCAAAAAUCAGCUAUAGAUAUCGCGGCUGAAUGCGCGAAUGUUAAUGGUCCUGAAAUUCCUUGUACAUUGGUACAAAGAACAAUACCAUGGGCACUCCCUAGUGGAUGCUUUUGGUGGGGAGUUACUCUUGGAAAUUUAUAUGGAAGUCGAUUUUCAGAGCUCUUGGUUCACAAGCCUGGUCAAAAUAUUAUUUAUAGUGUGGUGGCCUCUCUACUUGCUCCUGUGAGAUGGGGUUUCUCAAAAUUUGUGGAGAGUUAUAUUACAUGGACCCUCCCAUUGAAGAAAUACAACAUGGUGCCAAAACAAAGCUUUCUUCAAGACAUGUCUUCUUGCAAGUCCUUUUUAUUGCCUGAUAAUUUCUAUGGCAAAGUUGAAGAAGGAAGCAUUGUUCUCAAGAAAAUACAACAUUUUUCAUUCAUCAAACAAGGCUUAAUUCUUGAUGGAGAAGUUGAUAAGCCAAUAAAAGCUGACCUUGUUAUAUUUGCUACUGGAUAUAAAGGUCAAGAAAAAUUGAAGAAUAUGUUUUCCUCAAAAAAGUUUCAAAAUCACAUAGUGGGAUCACCAAACUCAGUUAUUCCUCUUUACAGGCACAUAAUACAUCCAAGAAUACCAAACCUAGCAAUAAUUGGAUACUCAGGGAGCAUAACAAAUCUCCACACAUCUGAGAUGAGGUGCCAAUGGUUAGCACAUUUUCUCGAUGGAACAUUCAAGUUGCCAAGCAUAAAAGAGAUGGAAAAUGAGAUACAAGAGUGGGAAGAAUACAUGAAAACAUAUGCUGGAAAAGAGUACAAAAGGACUUGUAUUGCAGCACUACACAUAUGGUACAAUGAUCAAUUGUGCAAAGACAUUGGGUGCAAAAAUAAAAGAAAGAAGACUUUCUAUGAAGAAUGGUUUCAACCCUACUUGCAAUCAGAUUAUGUUAGGCUAAGUCCUAAUAAUUAGUCCUAUAAAGUAUUUCCUAUAUUUUUGUUGCGACGACAAAAAGUUAUUAGUAAGUCGUUUUUCAUUGUUUGGUUAUCGAAAAAUAUUUUUUAUCAGAUGGGGAGACUUGACUUUCCUCAGUUGUGAGUCGAAGUUACAACUAUAUAUCUUUGACUUUUCUUAGUUUUAUAAAGUAUUUCAGAUAUUUUGAUGUGA